AAAUUUCAUCAAAUUUCAAUUAAAACUUUACUCUUUAUAAUAAUUGUAAAAUAAUUGAAAUAUUUUAACUAAAUUAUUGUCGAAAUUCAUAAUAGAAUAAUUGUUCCAAAGAAAAAGAAAAUUGAAUUUAAGAUUUAUUUAGUUUCAGUAGAGAAAAUUGUGUUAGAUAAAUAAAUAGAGUUAAGUAGAUUGCAACAAAUUAAAAAUAAAACAGUUUAGUUUCUAAUUUUCCCUUCGAAAUGCAUCACACGAACAAUGUUUGAUUAAUAAAUGAUGUAUCAAGCUUAACUUUGAAGUUAAACUGUGGUGGUGUGUGGUCGAGAAACGCUCUUUAACGACAUGCCCUUAAAAACCCUUUGCAGCGGAACAAUCGAGAGCCGACUAAAGAAGCAAGAUUCCUGCUAAAGCGACUGGUAGUAAUCCGGGCCGAACUUUAUGAAAAUGAACGUUUUGAAGAAAUGGCCAGCCAACCGUCAUGUGAUUAUGAUUGAAUUCUUCAAAUUGACGAACUUCUUGCAAUCAUCCAAUCUGGAAUAUAUGUGCUUAGAUGGUGCAAAAUACAGGAAAUUGCGCGCAACACCUUAUCGUAGUUAUUGGUACUGUGUAACACCGAAUUGUCCCGCUUACGUAGUGUUGUGUGACUUAAAAGGCGGUUCAUUAAAGAAAUUUAAAAUCCAUAACGACGACUGUGGCUCGACUGCGAAGAGAAAAAUUCGAAUAAAAUAAUUUUAAUAAUAGAAAAUCACUUGUAAACACAAUCAUCCACAUAAGAGCACCUUAAGAAGAGUACCUUAAUAAAAACUACUGUCAUGUUUAUCUUAAUUGGUUUUUAUUUGUCACUGUCAAUACUUUAAAACUAUUAAGCAUAUUAGAAUCCAAUUUUUUUACUAAUCGAUUUUUUUCCUUCCAUUCUCGCUUUCUUCUAUAUUUUCUUAUUACUUUUC